GGUUCCGGUGCGCGCCCUGGGGCUCUUCUUGGCAUCGCCGCCGCUGUAAGCUGCUGUCGCCGCGAUGUUGCUGCUCUCCCUGGUGCGGGUCCGUUGUCUCAGCCGGGCUCUCGGGCGCUCGUUCUGCGCCGCCCGACAGGGGAAUUGUCCACAGGGGAAACACUCGCUCUCUGGUAUCUCUCGAUGGCAGGGACUGGCUUAUGCCAACAGCAGGAAACAUUUGCUAAAUGGCUCCCGUGUCUUCACUGUCCGUUAUUUCAGAACCACUGCUGUGUGCAGGGAGGAUCUUCUUACCGUGAACACUCCAGCAUUUGCAGAAUCGGUCACAGAGGGAGAUGUCAGGUGGGAGAAAGCUGUUGGAGACACAGUAGCAGAGGAUGAAGUGGUGUGUGAGAUUGAAACAGACAAGACGUCAGUGCAGGUUCCAGCUCCGGCAGCUGGCGUAAUUGAAGCACUUCUGGUCCCUGAUGGGGGGAAAGUGGAAGGAGGAACACCUUUGUUUAAACUCAGGAAAACUGGAGCUGCACCUGCCAAGGCCAAACCAACAGCUGCCCCCACCACACCUGAGCCUGCAGCUCCUGCUGCACCCCCUCCUGCAGCGCCAAUUCCCACUACGAUGCCUCCAGUGCCCCCUGUGUCAACACUCCCUGUUGAUGCUAAACCAGUGUCUGCGGUCAAGCCAACUGCGGCUCCAGCAGCUGCUCCUGCUGUGGAACCUGGAACAAGCCAAAGUGCCAGAUCGGAGCAAAGGGUGAAAAUGAACAGAAUGCGUCAACGCAUUGCUCAGCGCCUGAAAGAGGCUCAGAAUACGUGUGCCAUGCUGACCACCUUCAAUGAAAUUGACAUGAGUAACAUUCAGCAAAUGAGAGCCCGGCACAGGGACCCUUUCCUGAAGAAACACACCCUGAAACUUGGCUUUAUGUCCGCCUUUGUGAAAGCUGCAGCCUAUGCCCUACAGGAGCAGCCUGUUGUGAAUGCAGUGAUUGAUGAUACAACCAAAGAGAUUGUGUACAGGGAAUAUGUGGAUAUCAGUGUUGCAGUAGCGACUCCUAGGGGUCUUGUGGUUCCUGUCAUCAGAAAUGUAGAAACAAUGAACUUUGCAGACAUUGAGCGAGCAAUCAAUGAGCUGGGGGAGAAGGCCCGCAAGAAUGAACUUGCCAUUGAAGAUAUGGAUGGUGGCACAUUCACAAUCAGUAACGGUGGUGUGUUUGGGUCUCUCUUUGGGACACCCAUCAUCAAUCCACCUCAGUCUGCUAUCUUGGGCAUGCAUGGCAUCUUUGAUAGGCCUGUUGCUAUUGGAGGCAAAGUCGAAGUGCGACCAAUGAUGUUUGUGGCACUGACAUACGAUCACCGGUUGAUUGAUGGCAGAGAAGCAGUGACUUUCCUGCGCAAGAUCAAGGCUGUAGUAGAAGAUCCUCAUGUGCUGCUGCUUGACCUGUAGAGGGCAGCAGCAGCGGCAGCAGCUCCUCCCCCCCACAUCCAGUACAGCAAGGAUGCAGCAUCAGCAGACGGCAGAGAGGACAUCCAGGAAUCACAUCCAGGAAUCGGCAGAGCUUCGUUCCAGGCUCCCCACCCCACCCCCAGUAGCAGGAGGUGCUUUGAAAGCAACCCUGAAGCUAGUGUGCCCACCCACCUUUCUUGCCUCUUCCAAAGAUUGUUCAUUUUCUUCCCCAGGGCAUAUGGAUAGCUGUCAUGGGCUGUGCAGAUAUGGCCUACAGUUCCUCUCCCAUCCUCCCUCUCCAAAUAGAUCUAUCCUCACCUCACCCUUAAGGUCUGAUGGGAACAGAAGCUACCUGCUGCUUAUUGAGGGCUUCCCUCCCAAGCUGCUCCUGCACAGAAUUUCAGCUUUAAUUCAGAUCACCCGAGGAAGCUGCCAGGGAGGGGAAAAGCUGCUGCUGGGUCUCAGCUUGACUCGAAGGCUCUAGCUCUCUUGCACAGCGAAAGGAUCCUGGGGUCCCCUAGGGUGACUCUGUCGCAGUGCCUGAUCUUACACACUUCCAUUAAUGGAGAGUAAAUCUUUACUCCAGCCACUUUGUGGUGUGUUUUAACCUUAGCAGGGGUGAGGCACUCAAAGGGGCUACUGCCUCCCCAGCCGUUUUCUACUUCCUGUAGUACUAGCUGAGAGGCAGUUCUGAGGAUUGCUUUCAGGGAUCUCCCUCCAUCCCAUUCCUUCAAGAGCAAGAAAGUGGCAGUAUCAGCUCUCACCCUCUCCCAUUUGGAGUUGUUUCUUUUUGUUCCAACCUCUGGUAGGGCAGAAUUGGUGUGUCCUUUGACUGUUGGGAUCAUUUCUCGAGUUGACUGGCUGCUGGGGAUUUGGAGAAGGUAACAAUCCUCUGCAGCUGUCCUGCGAUCCAUCUAAUCCUCAACAACUUUCUGUCUGCAUUGGUUUGGCCUGAUUGUAUGCCAAAGUGGGUUGGGACUAGGUGGCUAUAUGUGGCAUGCAUCCCAACCCAAGGCUGCUGGUUCAUGGGGACAUAUCUUUAGAAUAAUAGCGUGCACAUGUAUUGUUGAGUGAGAGGGUUGCUAGUGCCUGCAGGGUUUAUUACUCUUGUCUGCUGCACAGAACUUGUAAUUAAAGUAUUUAACACAACAGAUUUUAAACAAAAUAAAACAAGGAAAGGUG